GAACGAGAUUUGACAUUUGCUUCCACCUCUUUCUUUCCUUGCCUCAGUGUCCCCAUUGGAGAGAAGAAUGAACAUGGAGCAAGUCGCGGAGGAAGACCUCGACCCAAUGCUGAGCCCACCCCUCAGCCAAGGGACCUUUGAGGAGAUGUGGACGUCCUCCAUCGUCAAGCCGAUUUUGGAAUCGACGUUGGUGGCCUCCACCCAACCAGCCCUCAUUCCGUUCUCCGAGGAAGGCGGCAGCUCCAUGGGUCAAGCCAACUUUGGCUUGUUGGCUACGGCGGCCGGUUCUCCGUUGGCUCCUCUGUCCGAAGGCUAUCCAGGGGGAGUAGACUUCGGCAUCAACCUGGGUUUGGGCGACUUCUCGGGGGACCCCAACUUUCUGGUCUGCUCCCCCAAAGAUUACGGGGCUGCGGAGAGCUGCGUCUUCCCAUUCGCCGAAGAUUAUCCUGGCCAGUUCGGCUUUAAUCUGGAGUUUGAGCCGUCGGGCACUGCCAAGUCGGUCACUUACACUUUCUCUCCAUCCUUGAACAAGCUUUUCUGCCAAAUGGGCAAAACCUGCAAAGUGUUAGUGAAGAUGACCGGGGUCCCCCCGUCCGGCUCGGUGGUCCGCGCCAUGGCCGUCUACAAGAGAUCUGAACACAUGGCCGAAGUAGUCAGGCGCUGCCCCCACCACGAACGGGAGCACAACGACGAGGCGAUCCCCGCCGAUCAUCUCAUCCGCGUAGAAGGGAACCUCCAGGCCUUCUACCACACACACCCGACCACCAAUCGGCACAGCGUCUUGGUUCCUUACCAGAAGCCUCAGGUGGGGAUGGCGUGCACCAUCAUCCUGUACAAUUACAUGUGCAACAGUUCGUGCAUGGGGGGUAUGAACCGGCGCCCCAUUCAGACGAUCCUGACAUUGGAGACAGCACAGGGGGAGGUUCUGGGACGCCGCUGUUUUGACGUUCGGGUCUGCGCCUGCCCCGGACGAGACCGACGAAUGGAGGAGUACACCCAGCAGAAAGCAAAAUCCUCGGAACCGACGAAAAAGGCUCCUUUGCAAGACCAGCGUCCUUGCGCCCCCAGCAGGAGACCAGUGCAAAUCCUGCCAGAGGAAGAUGAACCUGAAUGUGAAUCGGGAGCCGAGCCCGAGGUUUACACACUCACUACUCGCAACCGCGCCCAUUAUGACAUCAUAAAGAAACUUCUAGAUGCAUUGGAGUUCAAAGAGGCUCACGGGAGGGAGAACACAGAGGGCUGCAAGUGUAGGAAAAGCCUCCUGAAGAGCCGGAAACGAGGAGCCAAGUUGACUUCACCUCAUCAAAAGAAAAUCCGGAUGAAGGAUGAGACCCUGGACUCCAAUUAGGGGUGGGUGGGGGUUGUUUCACGUAACCUGCCAUCCACCCCUCACUUUUUUUUUUUCUUGUAUAUUAUGCUUUCUUCUUCCUUCCCUCACCAUCUUUCCUUCUCUGUUUUGACUACCAAGGUUGCUCCCAUUUCCCAAUCUGGCGUCUUGCAGAGCCCCUGUGUUGUUGUUUUUUUUUGGGGGGGGGGGGUUCCCCGUCAGCCAGGGGUGGGCUUCCAAAAUUUCAGCAGCCAGUUUUCUGCCCGGUUGCUGGGUGGGCUUGGUCUAGUCAGCCUCCUACACUACGGCUGGGGGGGGCUUUCCUCGAGCCUCCGGGAAGACAAAAUUAGGCUCCGGAGCAGGAGGGGGCUCCGGAGCUUCUGGGAGGCCCAUUUUUCACCCUCCCCGAGCCUCUGUGCAGGCCUGUAUUUAUCUGGGAUCCAAAAUGGGCCACGUGGAAACUCCUGGGAGGGGCAGGGUGGGCGAGGGCCAGUCAGGAGUGGAAUUUGCCGGUUCACUGAACCGGCCAUUAAAAAUGAUAAAAUUAGCCACCGAUUCAGGCAAACCGUGGCAAACCGGUCGCAGCCCAUCCCUGCUGUCAGCCCCCCCAAAACAAGCUGCCACCUGCUCGCCAAUCUUAACUGGGGAUCUCCCCCCCCCCGGCCCCCCCCCUCCCCCUCCUUUUUGGGGUUCCCCAUAUGGGGGGGUCUCCAUAUUACAAAACCCCCCCCUCAAAAGGGUUGGUCAGUUUGACUCGGUUCUCCAUUCCCCCACCAAAACAAUUGGCUUUUAAAAAUCCCUCCCCUUGCAACUUGGGUAUCAAAAAUG